GGUUUGUUUGAAACAGACCGCAAUGGAGAGACCAGCGCCCAGGGAAGCGAGGGAGCAGCAGGCUCCUUCCGGCAGCGCAUCGAGAUGUGAGUCUGGGACAGAGGGGGGCUCCGAGACCGGCAUUGAUUCGGGCUCAGUUCAGGGAGAACCGGGGGCUGUUGGAAAACGCUUGCAGGAACAAGACGAUGUAAUGUGUGCUUGGUACGAAGCCAAGGGUGACCAGCUGCUUUGAACAACCAACAGGAGGAAUAAAUACACAUUCAGUUUCUGAGUGACUGACCAAUCCCGAACGAAACUUACUAUCAUAAACCGGACAGUGACCAAACUGUAUCCACAGAGUCGGAGACUGACAAAGAAAAAAAGAAAACACUUGAAUGACCAAGACAAAGUAAGAUUUCUUCAGUGCAGAGGCAAGUGUGACCAGAUCCUUCUGAUAAACAGCAGAUGAGAAGAAAUCGCAGGCAACUUCCAAGAAAGGCGCGAAGAAAAUCAUCAAGAAGGCGCCGGGGAAAAGCGGCAAGAAAAGGAGCCGACGCAGGAAAGAAAGUUACUCCAUCUAUAUCUACAAAGUGAUGAAGCAGGUUCACCCCGACACCGGCAUCUCCUCCAAGGCCAUGAGCAUCAUGAACUCGUUCGUCAACGAUAUUUUCGAGCGUAUCGCAGGGGAGGCUUCCCGCCUGGCCCAUUACAACAAGCGCAGCACCAUCAGCUCCCGGGAGAUCCAGACCGCCGUGCGGCUGCUGCUGCCCGGGGAGCUGGCCAAGCACGCCGUGUCGGAGGGUACAAAGGCGGUGACCAAGUACACCAGCUCCAAGUGAGACACCUCACUGUGCUGAAAGCAGACACCAAUCCAAAACCCAACGGCUCUUUUAAGAGCCACCCACAAUUGCACUGAGACAGCUGAACCGUUUUAACUUGGAUAGUCGAUGCUGGAAAAUCUGAGACAACAAGGUGUGGGGCUGGGUGAACACAGCAAGCCGAGCAGCAUCAGAGGAGCAGGAAUGUUGACAUGUCGGGGCGAGACCCUUCUUAAGAAAUUAGGUUUUAACUUUAUGGUUUAUUCUGGGUCUGUAUAAUUCAUGUCCCUAAGCUUUGUGUUUCGUUUUCAAUAAACUUUGUUAAAAAAAAUUCGUGUGAUCCCUCACCCUCUGCCUUUUAUUCUCGGUUGCGUAGUUCCCUGACUGUUUUCCCUGCCUGUAUAGAGAGCAUACUUUUCGUCCCGGAGCCAUUUUUUCUGCACCUUCUAUGUUUUCCAGUUACUCUUUAACCCUUGAUCAGCGCAAAAGCUACAGUGCCCCGUGUGGUCUGAAACACGAGUUUCAACCGGAAUGAAAAGUAACUGUUCUAGUCCCACGAAUAGAUUUUGAAAUUUACUUGUCCUUUUCUUUCAUUAACUUUUCAAAGCGCCACUGAGACUUCGUCUGAUGUUUGCAGAGCACUGCAAAUGAGGCUCUCAGCUGUCGAUAAGGGGCUUUCAAACUGAACUGAGAUAAAACCAGAUUAACUGCUGGAUUGCCAUAUCAAGUGUGAAACUGGUUGAAGUCUGAUCAAGGACAACAGGGACGGCACUUUAAACUAAAGUUUCACCGCUCUCUCCGGCAAGAAGGUUAUGUGAGUUUUUCCUAAAUAUUUCAGGGUCCACUUGCAAUAUGUAAAAUGAAUUAAAUUCGAUGAAAAAUUAAAUUAUUCAUUCCUCUUUGUAAAACUUCUUUUUCCUAUUUCGGACAUGUUGGAGGGUUUUGUCGCUGUGGGUAAUGAGCCCUAAAUUUCUCCCGUGGUAACGAAAGCAAAUGACCCCGAAUUUGAGACCCACGAAGAGUAGUAUCGUGCGAUUUCUGUUUUGUUUCAAUUCCCAAAUCUCGACGUGAAGUUCUUCGAAUUUAUUUUCAGAAUGCAGGAUGUGGGGCUUGCCGUUCUCGAGAAGAGGCUUUCAAAAUGAACCGAGAUUAACAGGGAAGUCUGAUCUAGCGCAAUAAUUACAAAAUUUCCCGAAGCCGGAGUUACUCAGAGUGAGAACGAGAGGUUAUGUCAAGGAUCAAUUUGUAAUCUGAAAGGAAAUUAAAUCGUAAGCAUUCACGUAAAGCGUCUUCCUCGUAUUGCCCAUGUUGGCGGGCUUUUCAAAUCGGAAAGAAAACGGUGGAUGAUUUGGCGCCGGUAUUUUCCUACGGUUUCCACGCAGAGGAAUUUUGUUUUAUUUUCAAAUCUCCCCGCUGGUUCUAUCCAGUUUUGCAGAAAGCUAUAAAUGAGGCUUUCUGCUGUCGGUGUGAACAUUUCAAAGUGAACCGAGAUGAAAGCAGAACAGCUGCCGGGCUGGCAUCGCAAAAGUAGAAAUAUUGUUGAUCUCGUGCAGUAGGGAGCGCGAUUGUAAAAUGUUGUUUAAAGCAGUAAUGCGGUCA